AUGGGUCAAUACACUUUGAAGAAAUUAAAAGCCUUCAGAAUCAAGGUUGCUGAUAUCCUGGCGAGCGGGGCAUGUAUUAUUGAACAUGUAACUACUCCUUUGUGUGACAAAAGUACCUUGGUAUGCACGCUGACAACCUUGGCACGUGGUGACAGACAGCUCUCCUUACGUUUGAACAAGAGUGCUCUGAAUCGUACUCGAAGAAAGGCACAGCUUUCAACAACAUGCUCAAAGGAAAAUAUUUCCCGCUACAAGAUGGGGAGCAGAAAGUCUCCGGUGGAUUUCGCUGCCAAGAUCCAAACCACUGGCUACAUUCCUCUUUUCAAAUCCUCAUUACUAUCCUAGUUGCUUCCCUGACCGGAAUCGUCGGAUUCUGGGCUGGAAAGAGCAUCAAUCAUCCGGAUCCUGCCUCGCUUCUAAGUAACGCUUCCCAUCGGUUCAAUAAGCUUAAUUUGACUUGUGGAAAGCUACUAUUGGACAGGAUGUCCAAGUUUGGCACCUCAACUCUUCGUUCUCCCGAAGUCCUACGCCUGAAACGGAGGAUGCCUGGCAAUCCAUAA